CUGACGUUUCAAUGUCAUUAACGUCAAAAUUUCAUAACCUCACAGUAUUCACGACCAAAAUAAUGGAAUUGAAUUAUAAAAUACAAACUUAUGCAUGGGGAAAGAAAGGCAAAGACAGUAAAGUCGCAUAUUUACAUUCAAAUGUUGACAAAAAUUUCAAAAUUGACGACAAUUCACCGUACGCGGAGCUUUGGAUGGGGACUCAUGUUAAUGGCCCUUCCAGCCUAAAAAAUGGAGAACCCCUUUCGAAGUUAAUAGCAAAAUAUCCGGAAUAUUUGGGCACUAACGUCCGGAAAGUUUUUGGUGAUCAGUUGCCGUUUUUGUUUAAAGUUUUGUCGGUGAAUCAGGCAUUGUCCGUCCAGGCACAUCCGUCUAAGAAACAUGCUGAAGAGUUACAUAAACAACAUCCUGAAAUAUACAAGGACCCUAAUCACAAGCCUGAAAUGGCCAUCGCUUUGACUCCUUUUGAAGCCUUGUGCGGUUUUAGGCCUUUGCCAGAAAUUGCAUUUUUUCUUAAAAAUAUUCCGGAAUUAAAAACAGUAACAGGCGACGUUGCAGAUAAACACAAACAGGACAGUGUUGAUUUAUUAAAAGAUGCAUUUAAAACUAUUUUUAUAACAGAUAAAAAUGUUAUUUGUGAACAAUUAAAAAAAUUAGUACACAGGCUUAAGACUUUGGAUGAAAAAGAGAGAGAGAAAUUGCAAGCAAGCCUUAUUGAACGGCUUUAUGAGCAAUACCCUGAUGAUGUGGGUUGUUUCAUGGUGUAUUUCCUCAAUUAUCUAAAACUAAAACCUGGAGAAGCUAUUUUUCUGGGACCUAAUUUGCCUCAUGCUUACAUUCAUGGAGACUGCAUUGAAUGUAUGGCUUGUUCAGACAAUGUUGUCCGCGCUGGACUUACACCAAAAUUAAUUGACUUUAAAACAUUAUGUGACAUGGUUAUUUACGAGGGUGAGAAUCCAGAGAGGAAACUUUUCAAACCAGAAAUCGAAGAUUCCUGUACCCUAAUUUUUAAACCUCCAGUACCAGACUUUGCAGUGAUCCAAAUAAAGGUCCCUGCUAACACGAAAAAUCAUCAAAUCAAAAAGAGAACUUCUGCCAGUAUUUUGAUUGUGAUUGGAGGCAAAGCCAAAUCAAACGGUACUGAUUUAGUGUUAGGAACAGCCUUGUUCUUGCCCGCUAAUCAAGAACUAAGAAUUGAGAACAUUAUUGAAGAUUUGCUUAUUUACCAAGCACUUGCAAAUGUAUAAAUUUCGUAUUUUUGUAUUGGUCAAGGUUUUAUAACGGGAAUAAAGCAAUAUUUCUU